UGUAAACAGGAAAGUGAAAGGGGCGCCUCCCACCACCACUUAGCUUUCUCUCACGAGGCGCCACCAGGUGGCGCCCCAACCGCUAGUAAUGUAGCAAAGCUCAGUGGUUUUGGCGUGUGCCGAAUGUUCACUGAUGAGUUCAGGGGCACAACCACUCUAUAUAAGCAUACCCACCCAAAGGGAUCUUUUGUGUACAUUGAUCCUGAAUAUGUUAUGACUGGUGACCUGACCCCCCUAUCUGAUGUAUACUCUUUCGGAAUCGUGCUGUUGCGCCUCUUGACUGGAAGACCAGGAUUCGGGCUGUUGAAAGAUGUGCAACGGGCAGUGGAAAAGGGUUGCCUGGAAGCAAUUUUGGAUUCAUCUGCUGGGGGCUGGCCAGCUAUGCAGGCUGAGCAAUUGGCUCGGGUAGGUCUGAAAUGUUGUGAAAUCAGAAGAAAAAACCGUCCUGACCUGCAAACGGAGGUUUGGACUGUACUUGAACCAAUGUUGAAGUCUAGUUCCAUCAUGUUGUGUUCCUUAUCAUUUAAGUCAGUAUCCGAAGACCUUGGAGGUGUGCCGCCCUACUUCAUCUGUCCAAUACUACAGGAUAUCAUGAGGGAACCUCUAAUUGCUGCAGAUGGUUUUACCUAUGAAGCCGAAGCUAUAAGGGAGUGGAUUGACAAUGGCCACCAUACAUCACCCAUGACAAAUCUUGAGCUACUCCACCGUGAUCUUUUGCCGAACCAUGCCCUCCGUUCUGCGAUCCAAGAAUGGCUGCAGACAAAUGCAAAUUAAUAUGUUAGCUUUAUCACCAUGGAACUUUGAGAUGAAAAAUUGGUGUGCGCGUAACUCCUUGCACAGAUUAGUAGGCACAAACCGCAAAAACCAAACGCUUCUGUGUGUAUUCAGAAAGAAUGAUCUAAGAUAUACACAGUGCUUUUCAUUUUGUUUCUUCAGCAAAACGUGUAUGUAAAAUAUAAUAGUUUGGAGCUCCAUCAGUGGCAUGCUGUACUUUGUACAUGGAUUUAUAAAGA